CAAACCCUAACCCACGGAAUUGUUGUUGUGUUGUGUUGUGUUGCGUUUUCCUUUCGUUUUUUUCCCACUCGCGAUCGUCUUUCCCCCUGUGAUUGAAUGGUCCGUUGUCUUGGUCUAGGGUUUCGAGUUUGAAGUGGCGAGUUUCCUGUUUCAGUUCCAGCUACUGUGUGUGUUUUUUCGUUUCAGCAUUUGCCCUCGCGUUCGAAGCUGUCGCUUCUUGCCCUUGUGUGUGUGUGUGUGUGUGUGUGUGUGUGUGCGCGCGUUCCUUUCCGUCGACCUCUCCAUGAGUUAUUGCAGGUUUUUGCUUUCGUCGCGUGCUUGAAGAGGAUGUCGGUUGAGAUGAGUUUCUAAUGCUGUUAGAGGGUUUUGAUAGGGAGGUUUUUGGUGUAGAGAUCGGUGCUCCGGCAAUCGGUUAUGGAUUGUGUUAGAAUUUUAGGAUUAGGUGCUCGGGGUUUGUGUUUUAGGCUGCGAGUGUGUCACCGGGUCAACGUAAGUUGUUCUCGUUUCGACUUUUAGGUCCCGCUCCCUUGUCAAGGGGGGAUUGUUGCUGGUUAAUAUCGUGUUGGGAAAAGCUUAGAUGUGCUGUGCAAUUGCAUCCGAUCGCUGUAGUUUUUGGAUUUGAGCAUACAUGUUUGGUGAGGUUUGGUCUAAUGGGAUUGUUCAGAGGUGCGAAAGUGCAGUUGGCAUUUCUUUGUGCUUAGGCAACUAAGCAACAGGCUUCUUAUGCCUUUUUUGUGAAGGAUGUCUGUUAUGCAGAUUUAGGACGACACUGUAAAAGUCUCCGCACAGGUGCUCACCUUGACGAAGAGGAAUUCUAGGGCGAGGCUUUAGCCAAUUAUGGUGCAAUGAAAAGAGAUUGACGUGCCGCAAUUGUCAAAAGGAGAGGGAACUUAACCCAGGUUGGUGGGUUGGAAGAAAAGUAUUUUCAAGGCAUGAAAUCAGCUGAGUUCAAUCUCUUUGCUCAGCUUCGGGCUUAAUAUUGGGAUUCCAGAGUUUCAUUGGAUAAGCCCAGGAGUGCUUGUAGUGAAGCAGGCGUAUUCCACUCACAGCGUAAGAAUCACUUUGUGAUUGUGUUAUACUGGAGGUUGAUUAGAUUGCACUAUCCUGUAAGCGGUACACAAAUGUGCCAAAGGUGACGGAGAUUCAAGAUCAAUGCAACCACAUGCGGGUGAUGCUCAAAUAGCUGGUGUAGUGGGUGGAGCACACAGAGCACUGGCAAGCGCCAUUGAUGACAGGCCGAACAGCAACAACGAGGCUAGCUCCCCCGGAGCGAUGCAAGAAGGACAAGUGAGGCCAGUGGUGGUGCGAGCUCCAUCUCAGAUCAGCACAGCCUCCCAGCUCCUUGCGGGGGGGAUUGCAGGGGCUUUCAGCAAAACAUGCACUGCCCCACUCGCUCGUCUCACGAUUCUUUUUCAGGUUCAAGGUAUGCGAUCAGCAUCAGGUGCUGUUUUGAGCAGCCCCAGUAUUCUGAAAGAAGCCUCACGAAUCUCUCGGGAAGAGGGUUUUAGAGCUUUCUGGAAGGGCAAUGGAGUUACGAUAGUUCAUCGACUGCCGUACUCAUCUAUAAAUUUUUUUGCUUACGAGCAGUACAAGAUGCAUUUGAGGAGGAUAAUGGGCAUUGACGGCGAUCAGGAGAGCCUCGGGGUCGGAAUGGGUACAAGGUUGUUAGCUGGUGGAGGUGCUGGUAUUACAGCUGCGUCUUUGACUUACCCGCUGGAUUUGGUUAGAACGCGCUUAGCUGCACAGACGAAGGACAUGUACUACAAAGGCAUUACUCACGCUCUGAUAACCAUUACCAAGGACGAAGGCUUUUGGGGAUUGUACAAAGGCAUGGGAACUACACUAAUGGGUGUUGGCCCAAACAUAGCUAUUAAUUUUUGUGUCUAUGAAACUCUCAAGUCGAUGUGGGUGGCGAAAAGGUCAGACGUGUCACCAGCCAUAGUUAGUCUUGCUUGUGGUAGUUUUGCUGGAAUAUGCUCAUCGACAGCAACCUUUCCUAUUGAUCUGGUGAGGAGGAGAAUGCAGUUGGAAGGAGCUGGGGGGAAGGCCAAGGUUUACAAACAUGGUCUUUCUGGGACAUUUAAGGAAAUUAUCACGAAAGAGGGUCUUUUUGGUCUGUAUCGGGGGAUUCUUCCAGAGUACUACAAGGUCAUUCCCAGUGUUGGCAUUGUGUUUAUGACCUACGAGUUUAUGAAACGCAUCCUACGGCCGAGGUCGUGGGAUGGAUUGUAGAUUGGUAAUGCGUUAUGAUAUUCUUUUCAAAUAUAUUGUGAUCAUGUGUUGAA